GAAAAAAAUUUACAAUCCUUCUUUAAUUAAUACUUUCCAACUAUAUCCAAUAUUAAUUUACUUCCUUAUUACUAUUAUCAUUAAUUUAUAAGUAAUAUAUACUAUAUUUUAAUAUUUAAUCCAAUAACUCAUUCCCCUUUUUCAAAAUAUGACUGAACAAAUUCAAAAUGAAAUGAAUAAUUUAAAUUUAAAUCAAAACCAAUCUCAAUCCCAACAAAACGACCAAAGAAGAUCCUACAUUCCUCCUCAUUUACGUAACAGACAAGGCUCUUACCAAGGCUCUGAUUCUGAUUCUUCUGGCUCCAAUCGUUACAACUCCAACUUCAACAACUAUGACAACAACAGCAACAGCAAUAGCUUUUUUCGUGGUCGUGGUGCCGGUAGGUCCUCUUUCAACCGUAGUCCAAGAACUGGCUAUCGUGGUGGUAGAAACGUCAACUAUGGCCCUCGUCCUGAUCACUAUCACACUGGUCGUUUUAUUGAUGGUAAACAAGUUCCAGGCCCAAGAAACGACAAAAUUGAAUUGGAACUAUUUGGUGCCGUCGAAGACCCAACUUAUCAAUCAAGUGGAAUAAAUUUUGACAACUACGAUGAAAUUCCAGUUGAAGCAACAGGUUCCAAUGUUCCUGAUCCAAUCACUUCAUUUACCAGUCCUCCUCUUGAUGAUCUCUUGUUAGAAAACGUUAAAUUAGCUAGAUUCACCAAACCAACUCCUGUUCAAAAAUACUCUGUCCCAAUCAUCGCUGCUGGAAGAGAUUUAAUGGCUUGUGCUCAAACUGGUUCCGGUAAAACUGGUGGUUUCUUAUUUCCAACUUUGUCUGAAUCCUUUAAAAAUGGUCCAAGACCCGUCGAAACACCUCAAGAUAACCAAAUGAACUCAUUUGUUUCUCAAUUUACCAGCUCAAAAGUUUACCCAUCAAUCUUGAUUUUAGCUCCAACAAGAGAAUUAGUCUCCCAAAUCUUUGACGAAGCAAAAAAAUUUUGCUACAGAUCGUGGAUGAGACCAUGUGUCGUCUAUGGUGGUUCUGAUAUCAGUUCUCAAAUUAAAAACAUCCAAAGAGGCUGUGACAUCUUGGCUGCCACUCCAGGUAGAUUGAACGAUUUAUUAGAAAGAGGCAGAGUUUCACUAAAGGCUAUUAAAUACUUGGUCCUUGAUGAAGCCGACAGAAUGCUAGAUAUGGGUUUUGAACCUCAAAUUAGAAGCAUCGUUGAACAAAACGAUAUGCCUGGCGUCAACGACAGAACAACUCUAAUGUUUUCGGCCACUUUUCCAAAAGAUAUUCAAGUCUUGGCUAGAGAUUUCUUGAAAGAUUACAUCUUUUUAAGUGUUGGUAGAGUUGGUUCAACCUCAGAAAAUAUCACUCAAAGAAUCAUUUAUGUCGAUGACAACGAUAAAAAUUCAGUUUUGCUAGAUAUUUUGUCUGCUUCAGAAAACGGGUUGACUUUGAUUUUCGUUGAAACUAAAAAAAUGGCUGACACUUUAUCUAAUUUCCUAAUUUUACAACAAUUUCCUGCAACUUCUAUCCAUGGUGAUCGUUCUCAAAGUGAAAGAGAAAGAGCUUUGGAAAUGUUCAGGACAAAUAAAGCCUCUAUUUUAGUUGCAACUGCCGUUGCCGCAAGAGGUUUAGACAUUCCAAAUGUUACUCAUGUUAUCAACUAUGACUUGCCAACUGAUAUCGAUGAUUAUGUCCAUAGAAUUGGUAGAACCGGUAGAGCAGGUAACACCGGUGUUGCAACUGCUUUCUUCAACCGUAACAACAGAAACAUUGUCAGAGAUUUAAUUGAUAUCUUAUCAGAAGCCAACCAAGAAGUUCCAGAUUUCCUUUUAACUGUCAACAGAGAAGGAUUGAAACCAAAGCGUGGUGGUGGCAGAACCACUGGUACAAGAGAUUACCGUCGUCAAAACAACUCCAGCAAUGGUGGAAAUUGGUACUCAAAUUCUAGUUCUAAUGGUUGGAACUCUUUUGGUAGUCAGCCUUCAGGUCAAAGUCGUUAUCAAAAGGGCGGCUCUUCUCAACCCCUUUCUCAGCAAGGUUAUGGGAAUCCUUCAAGUCAAAAUAGCUGGUGGUAAUCCACUAAACUUUAAUUUCAGUUCUUUGAAUGUUGA